GGCCUGGCUCGGGGCGUUCCUGGCCUGACUCCUGCGUUUUGUGUCUCGGCGGCGAUCGGUCCGAUACGGCGGGGGGAGUUAGAAUGGAACUGACUGAAGGCCCUAUGAGAAAAAGGGAAAGCUAAGGAUGCUGGAGCAGAACAAUGGAUUUCUCCUUCUCUUUCAUGCAAGGGAUCAUGGGAAACACAAUUCAGCAACCACCUCAACUCAUUGAUUCGGCGAAUAACCGCCAAGAGGAUGCUUUUGAUGCUAGCAGUGACAUCACUGAAGAUGGUAGACAGACGCCAUAUGAAGCUGCUCUUGCCUUGCAGCAAGGUUUUCAGUAUCCCACGCCAACAGCAGAGGACCUUCCACCCCUCAUUAAUGGAUUUCCCCAAAUUGGCAUGUAUGAGCCCCAAACCAAAUACCAGUCAUACGGUCAGUAUCCAAAUGGCUCUGCCAAUGGCUUUGGCACCGUUAGAAACUUUAGUCCACCAGAGUAUUAUCAAAUGGAGAACUCUAACAUAAGGCCGCAUGAAAUUCUGGAAAAACCAUCUCCUCCUCAGCCUCCACCUCCCUCAGUAUCCCAAACGGUGAUUCCAAAGAAGACAGGUUCACCAGAAAUUAAAUUAAAAAUAACCAAAACUAUCCAGAACGGCAGGGAAUUAUUUGAGUCCUCGCUGUGUGGGGAUCUUUUAAAUGAAGUACAAGCAAGUGAGUAUGCAAAGUCAAAACAUGAAGGGAGGAAAGAGAAACGGAAAAAAAGUGGCAAGCAUGAUUCUUCCCACUCAGAAGAGCGCAAAUCACGUAAGAUUCCAAAACUAGAGCCAGAGGAGCAAAAUAGACCAAAUGAGAGGCUUAGCACGCAGUCUGAAAAACCAAGGGAAGAAAUGGUAGCAUUGGAUGAAAGCCCGGCACAGCAGGUUGCUUCUUCUCUUUCCACGCAAGAGGCAAGUGAUAGCAAGUUUGAAGUGGGAGAUCUUGUCUGGUCCAAAGUGGGGACGUAUCCUUGGUGGCCCUGCAUGGUUUCAAGAGAUCCUCAACUCGAAGUUCAUACUAAAAUUAACACAAGAGGUGCACGAGAAUAUCAUGUUCAGUUCUUUAGCAACCAGCCUGAAAGGGCUUGGGUACAUGAAAAGCGGGUACGAGAAUAUAAAGGGCGUAAACAGUAUGAUCAGCUGGUGGCAGAGGCUGCUAAGCAAGCCAAUCACUCUGAAAAACAGAAGAUUCGCAAGCCGAGGCCACAGAGGGAACGCGCACAGUGGGAUAUUGGCAUUGCCCAUGCUGAGAAGGCACUAAAAAUGUCUCUGGAAGAGAGGAUAGAACAGUACACAUUCAUCUAUGUAGAUAAAGAGCCAGAGGAGGCGUCAUCCAAAGCCAGAAGGACUGUCAUGCCGAAGACUGAGGCUAAAAAGAAUCGCAAAAGUAAACCGUCGCCAAACUCUCAACCUGAGCAGACCAAUGAAGUUUUGGUCGCACCUUCCCCACCCAAAACCGAGAUCCGGAGGCAUAGUCACAGGAGACAGUCUAGUGCGGAUGAAGAAGCUCCUCCUGUGAAAAUACAGUGGAAAACUGCUGCGGCCAGAAAAUCCUUACCAGCAUCAAUAACCAUGCACAAGGGAACGCUGGACCUUCAAAAAUGUAAUAUGUCUCCAGUUGUUAAAAUUGAACAAGUUUUUGCUCUUCAGAAUGCUGCUGGGAAUGGAAAAUUCAUUGAUCAGUUUGUUUACUCUACAAAGGGUAUAGGAAACAAACCAGAAAUAAUCAUCAAGGGGCAUGACAAAGUCACUUCUGUCUCCAUCCAGCGAAAUGAGAGAGCUUCAUCACAAAGUGCACCCUCUCCAGAAACAUCUUCUGGGUUGGCAAGUUCUGUAGAAAAGAAGCAACAGAGAAGAUCAAUACGAACUCGCUCAGAGUCUGAGAAAUCCACUGAGGUUGUGCCAAAGAAGAAGAUCAAAAAGGAGCAGGUAGAAACAGCCCCACAGGCAGCAGUGAAGACUGGAUUACAAAAAGGUGCCAGUGAGAUUUCAGAUUCUUGUAAACCUCUAAAGAAGAGAAGUCGUGCCUCCACAGAUGUAGAAUUGGCUAACUCAGCUUACAGAGAUACCUCUGAUUCUGAUUCAAGAGGACUUAAUGAUUUACAGGGUAGUUUUGGAAAGCAGCCAGACAGCCCAUCAGCUGCUGCAGAUGCUGAUGCUUCUGACGUUCAGUCUGUGGACUCAAGUUUGUCAAGAAGAGGUUCUGGGGCAAGUAAAAGAGACACUGUUUGUCAGAUUUGUGAAAGCACGGGUGAGUCUCUAGUAUCCUGUGAAGGUGAAUGCUACAGGGUCUUCCACACAGAAUGCCUAGGAUUGAGCUCACAGCCUGAUGGAAAAUUUAUCUGCCUGGAGUGUAAAAAUGGGCAGCACACGUGCUUUUCCUGCAAACUUCCUGGCAAAGAUGUGAAACGCUGCUCCGUCAACACGUGUGGGAAAUUCUACCACGAGGCCUGCGUCCGCAAGUUUGCUACAGCCGUUCUUGAAUCCCGAGGAUUCCGUUGCCCCCAGCACUGCUGCACCGCAUGCUCUAUGGAGAAAGAUAUUCAUAAAGCAAGUAAAGGUCGCAUGGUGAGAUGUUUGAGAUGCCCCAUUGCCUAUCACUCAGGAGAUGGCUGUAUUGCUGCAGGAAGCUUGUUUGUGUCAUCCCACAUCCUCAUCUGUAGUAACCAUUCCAAAAGGAGCAAUCACUCUUCAUCAGCUGUAAAUGUAGGCUUUUGUUUCGUUUGUGCAAGAGGGCUGAUAGUGCAGGAUCAUUCAGAGCCCCUGUUCAGUUCAUAUGCCAAUAAGUCCCACUAUCUACUGAAUGAAUCAAAUCGUGCUGAGUUGAUGAAAUUACCUAUGAUUCCUCCUUCUUCGUCAGCUUCCAAAAAGAAAUGUGAGAAAGGUGGAAAGCUGUUGUGCUGUGAAUCUUGUCCUGCAUCCUUUCACCCGGAAUGUCUUAACAUAGAGAUGCCAGAUGGCUCAUGGAACUGCAACGAUUGCAAAGCUGGCAAGAAGCUGCGGUACAAGCAGAUUGUUUGGGUCAAGCUUGGGAAUUACAGGUGGUGGCCAGCUGAGAUCUGCAAUCCCAGGUCUGUUCCUCUCAACAUACAGGGCCUCAAGCAUGAUAUUGGGGACUUCCCGGUAUUUUUCUUUGGUUCACAUGACUACUAUUGGGUGCAUCAGGGGAGAGUAUUCCCAUAUGUGGAAGGAGAUAAAAGCUUCGCUGAAGGGCAAACUAAUAUUAACAAGACCUUCAAAAAAGCACUUGAAGAAGCAGCGAAACGCUUCCAAGAACUAAAAGCACAACGAGAGAGUAAAGAAGCACUUGAGAUUGAGAGGAAUUCUAGAAAACCCCCUCCCUAUAAACACAUUAAAUCCAACAAAGUGGUAGGGAAGGUUCAGAUUCAAGUUGCAGACCUGUCAGAAAUCCCUCGGUGUAACUGUAAGCCAACAGACGAGAACCCUUGUGGCCUGGAGUCAGAGUGCUUAAAUCGAAUGCUGCAGUAUGAGUGUCACCCGCAAGUUUGCCCAGCAGGAGAGCGCUGCCAAAACCAGUGCUUUACCAAAAGACUCUACCCAGAAGCCGAAAUUAUAAAAACUGAUCGACGCGGCUGGGGUCUACGGGCCAAACGGAAUAUUAAAAAGGGUGAAUUUGUCAACGAAUACGUCGGUGAAUUAAUUGACGAGGAAGAAUGCAGAUUGCGAAUUAAACGUGCCCAUGAGAACAGUGUGACCAAUUUUUAUAUGUUAACUGUUACAAAGGACCGCAUAAUAGAUGCUGGACCAAAAGGAAACUAUUCCCGCUUUAUGAACCACAGCUGCAACCCCAACUGUGAAACCCAGAAGUGGACAGUGAAUGGAGAUGUCCGAGUUGGGCUCUUCGCUUUAUGUGAUAUUCCUGCAGGGAUGGAGUUAACAUUUAACUAUAAUUUGGAUUGUCUGGGGAAUGGCAGAACGGAGUGCCACUGUGGAGCAGAAAAUUGCAGUGGGUUCCUAGGAGUACGGCCAAAGACGGCGUGCGCAACAGCGAACGAAGAGAAGGCAAAGAACGCAAGGCUGAAACAGAAGAAGCGGAAGAUGAAAACAGAGCAGAAGCAGAUGCACGAAGACAACUGCUUUCGGUGUGGAGAUGGGGGUGAACUGGUCAUGUGCGACAAAAAAGACUGUCCCAGAGCCUACCACCUCCUCUGCCUUAACCUGACACAGCCACCCUUCGGGAAGUGGGAAUGCCCAUGGCACCAGUGCGCCAUCUGUGGCAGCCCAGCGACUUCAUUUUGUGAGUUCUGCCCUCACUCUUACUGCAAAGAUCACGAAAAAGGAGCGCUUGUCUCCUCCGCCUUGGAUGGACGCCUCUGCUGCUCUGAACACAACCCUAAAGCUCCGGUGGCCCCCGAGUAUUGGUGCAAGAUCAAGCGUCGACUGGAACAGCAAAAGCCAGAGGAAGCAUCAAAGGAGUGAAGAGGUUCUUCUACAAAAACGCCAUUCAGGGUGGCAGAUCAUUGUGAAUCUAGAUACAGCGCCACGGGAAGCCUCAGUCUUUAGAUCUGCCUCCAUGGGACUCAAUUAGGGAUCGCUGGAUCUUGGAAGGCAGUUAGGAGCCUGUGCAUCCGAUUAGAUCCAUUUGCCCUUGAAUGUGUCUUUUCGGGCUCUUGAAGAUCAGAAAGAAGCAUCUUGGCAACCUUUUUUUCUUAGAAGAGGAAACCUUUCUGAUGCUUGUGGGGAGGGUGGGGAAGGACAUUCAGUUUAAAGUAUGUUCUCUGCGUGUAGAAAAGAAACAUAGCAAAAAUAUUUAUUUAUUUAAUUUUUAAUGGACUUUUUUGAGGAUUUCUGGUUCUAAUACAAUCAGUGUGUCUGAAAAGAGUAGCAGCACCAGCCUGGUAUCUAUCUCUGUAUGUACCUUUUAUUUUUUUUCCUGUCUAGUUUUACGAUUAUGAAAGGAAAAAAAAAGUCAGAUAAAUCUUAAAUCUUAAUUGUGGCAGUUCCAAGCAAGAUACUCCAGUAAGUUCAUGAUGGCAAGAGUUUGAGAUGGUGCACCCCUCUUUCCUUUUGAGCGAGUAAACAAUAAUCAUGGUACCUUCUCCCACAAGGAAUUAGGACUCCGUUUAUCUUGGAAGGGCAUUCUUGACAUGACGUUUUCAGUCACUUUGGAAGCAUGUACCCUGGCAGCUUCUUACGUAUGCGGUGUUUGCAAUUCUGCUUUAUUUCUAAAGGGCUUCUGCAGAAGAGUCUGGUGGGUCGUGCCUAUAAAAAUCUGGGUGAAAAAAAGCUGCAAAGAGCCUGGGGAUACUUCUCCUUUGCCCCGGAGUCCAGUUUCAUUAUACAUAGGUCGCUCUUCUGUCACUAUUGAAUUUGAAGGAGACUUAAACAGGAAAUUCUUUGAAACAGAGCUUUUCUUGACUGUUGUAAGUCUCGCUGUAUUAUGGGAUUCAGCGUGGACCUGCUGCAUUUACAAGUUGGAUGUUCAGGCUCUUCCUUGGUAGCCCCUCAGUGGUUCUUCUUUUACGGAUCAUGUACCGUGCAGAAUCUGUAAUCUUGCACGGUGUGGUUUCCACAAUAAUAGAUGCUGAUUAAGAUUUAUCUUUUAAAUUUGAAAGGCAGAAUUUGGCUGCCAGUAAGUGUAUUUUAUAUGGCCAGUUUUGUUCUUGUUUCAUCUGAUUUUCAUGUGGGUUAUUCAAAGGAAUCUCUUCAUUGGAUAGGAAUGGUCUGUCUUACAAAGCCAUGUGUGUAUUUCAUAAAGACUAGUUUAUUAAUCUUUUUAAAACAGCAGGCGCUGAAAUAACAUAGCUUAUACUUGUUUCCCUUGGGUACUCCAAAUGUUUCCUGAAAUACUUGUUUUUAUUUAAGAUAACUUAGUUGAAUAACAACUGUAUAUUGAUUUUUAUGAACAUAACAAAUUAGGCAACUCCAGAAAAUAGACAGUAUUUUAUGAUGCCAGUGACUCCUUUCUUAGGUUUUUUAUUAGUUUUUUAAUUCUUCUUUUUAAAAGCCUAUAAAGGAAAAGCAAAUACAGCUUCUAUUUUCCUAAUCUGCAUAGGCAUAAAAAAUAAAGCAGCACACUACAUUCCUUUAAAACACCUGAGAUGUCCUUCAGUUUUCAUUCAGUUUGCAAAUUCCUUUGCAGAGCACUGACUUUGUUCUUGUAUUGCGUAAGCUUCAAAAUCUUGUGGACUAAUUCAAUAUUAUAGAGCCCAAAAAGAAGAUGCUACGCAUUUGGUUACACUAAUGAACAUUUAAAGGAAUUUUUGAGAACACUACAAUUUAUUUAUGUAUUCUAAGCUUUAGAUUUUAGGGGUUUUUUUUUAUUAUGUGUUUGAUUUUUUGGGUAGGAAAAAAAAUAAGGUCAUGGGGGAAGAAAUUCUUUCAGAGAGGAUUUUGUCCUAAUGUAAGAAUUCUAAGUUCAAUAUUUUCCCAGAAUUCCUAUCUUUACUCUCUUCCACACACUCCAUUAUCCCUUGACAGAUUGGGAAUAGCUACAGAGUGCCUAGAUUUCAUGGCAGUGUAGUUUGAUAAUUAUAUAAUUAGGGAACAGAUGCCACUAACGUUAAGGUGAAGUUUUGAAAUAUUGCAGUUCAGUCAGUGAACAGCAUUAAAGCUUGGGAGAUGCUUUGGCAUCUUGGACCAGAUCAUGUUCUCCUUUCUCUUCUUGACGCACAUCUUCCCUCCUCUGUCUCUCUCAGCUGCCAUGUACUGUUCUGGUUCUUGUCUUUUCACCAUGCUUAGAAAAAACUUGUUUCAUUUGGUUGGAGAGAUCUUUUUUCCUUACUAGAAAGCAUCCAACAUCAUGAUUAUAACUUGUAUGUCACCUCAAGUGCAAUUUUGCAAGGAAAAGGGGCGAAAAAUGUUUAUAAAUAGAAGGGUCAGUGGGUGGGUAGUCAACAUUCAAAACAAAGCCUCUUUUGCCCACACAUGAACUAGCCGUAUCCUCAGAAGAAGAGGACACUCCACUCCCAUGUCAAUUUAAAUUAUUGUUUCGGAUUUUCUCCGCUAAUGGGUGCAAAGAUGAAGAAAGCAUAUAUUUUAUUGGGUGAUACUUUUUUGCUAGAAAAAGCCUUUUGAACCCCACAAAGGUUCUUCAUUAAGCUAAGACGUUUUAAAACUUAGCUGGCUGGCUGAUGAGCGAAUUUUAAAUGUUUAGUCAUUGUUCUAGAAUUGAGUUUUUAGCUCUUGUUUUGUUUGCUUGCGUCUUUGUUUUUAAGAAAUCGAAUGGGAAGGUUUUCCUUUGAAAAUGCAGGCCUACAAUAAGCAAUAUGACAUCCUUAACAAACUGAAAUACUGAUUAUGAGUAAAGAGUGUUUUUGUGAGCAAUGGCAAUAUUAAAGGUUCCUGAAUUCUC